AUGAAGCAGUCUAUCAUACCAUAUUACACUACACCAUCUUCAUCUACAUGCAGUCAGAGAUCUACAACAAAUACAGCUUUUUUUGAUAAUAUACAAUCUUUUCUAUAUCGCCAUGGCAUUAGCCGUAAGUCUAAAUUUAAUUUUAGAAUUUUGGUGCUCAUUUCAAAGUCGUACAAUGACAUUUUUUAGAAAUUUAUCAAAAAACUAUUAUUUUACACAAAAAAGGGAUUAAUUGCAAACUGCGUAAAGAUAUAGGAAAGGGCGCAAGCUGCCAAAAUUUUUCAGAAAACUUUUUUUAGGUAACAAACAAAAACUGAUGCUAUUGAUAGUAGUGCUAAUAUGGAUCGUGUCUUUUAUGAUGUUAGUGACACUGCCAUCAGAACCGCGACAAAUUAUUAUCAUCACACCAGUAAUGCAGCGACCUGAGAGGAUAGCCGAUCUUACUAUGUUAGUUUGUCUAUUUAUAGCUUUAAAUUGCUUAAUAUGGAUUUAAAUUUUGGUCCUUGAACAAUUUGUUUAAUUUUUGUAAAUUUUGUUAUUGUAGGUUAUCCCAAACCCUGAUCCAGCUCAAGAACAUUCACUGGCUUCUAAUCGAAGACGACGAUAAGCCUCACCCAAUCGUGCCAUGGUUCUUAUCCAAGUACAACAUACCAUACACAUACCUAUACACCACGAACUUGGGUUUACCAUGCCGAGGCUGGGCCCAACGCAAUUUGGCUAUGGAUUACAUGCGACAAAACCGAGACAAGUUUGAAGAAGAUGCUGUCGUCUACUUCGCGGACGAUGACAACUCGUAUGAUCUGCGAUUGUUUGACAUGUACAUACGAAAGGUUGACUAUAUGGGAGUGUGGGCAGUGGGAUUGCCGGGUAAUGCUUUGGUCGAGCAUCCAUUAGUCAGUAACGGUCGACUGGUCGGUUGGCACACCGCUUUUCGACCGGAGAGAAACUUUGCGACUGACAUGGCUGGAUUCGCGCUGAAUAUUGAUGUGUUGACGAAAGCAAAGUAAGUUUUUUAUACGGUAACUUAUAAUAAAUUUGUUUCUAGUGCCUCCUUCAACCUCAAAUGUACCGGAACGACGCCAGAAGACUGUUUGCUGACCCAGAUGAAGAUCAACAAGGCCAGGGUCACGCCUUUCGGUUGGGAGGGGGAGAAGAAAGAGAUUCUGGUAUGGCAUCGUAAAACAGCUCCAGCUCCAGAAGACCCGUUUCCAAACAACGGCUACAUCGUCGAGAAUCGGAAGCCUCCGAAUCCGAUUUGUGAGCGCUACAGAGAAAUCUCUAAAAUGAGUUAUCCUCAGGCAUUAUUGGUUGCUAAACUCUAUAACACUACUCAAAGCGCGAGGCCUAGAGUUUUGGGAUGA